AUGGUGACUAGCGGUGCUACUAGUUUUUAUGCGCACUCCUCGUGGGAUGGUGAUCCACAACUUGGUGACGAUUCUCCGCCGGGACAUGAUGAUGGCGGAGGCGAUGUUGCUAGAGACGACGACUCAGCAGGUCAUCUAGGUAACGAUCGUGGUGGAACGUGGCAUCAGUGGGCUCCAGAGCAACCCUGGAGUCAAUGGAGUGAAGGCUGGCAGUCCCGCCGGUGGGGUCACUCCUGGGAUGGAGCCGAGCGCGGAUGGAACGAGACUGGGUGGUCGUAUGACUCUGCCCGCGGCUACGGCAAUGACGGACGCUGGCAAAAGCCAGCAUGGGGCACAGCAUCAACAGGAUCAGGCUCCACCGAUGGAGGGGCCCAAGAGCGACACUCCAAGGAGUCUUCUUCGGCUGGACAGUGGGGAUGCUACGUGUCUGCAGGACGAGAUGGCAGCCUUCCGGAUGGAUGGGGGCCGUCUUCCGAGGCCCAAGGCAAGGGCUACCACGGUGUCAGAGCCGAAGGGGGGAGAGGACCUUCCGAGAAGAUGCUGGUCCCUACUUUCUCCGGGAAUACCGGAGACCGAAGUGAGGACCUGGGGACUACAGCCAGGUCGUACCUCCGUCAGGUGUCAGCGUGGAGGCGUAUGACGAGACUCAGCGAAGAUCAACAAGGACUUACGUUGUAUCAACACUUGACAGACAAAGCUUGGGUCGACGCGGAGAGGUUGGACAUGGACAAGCUGGCCUCGCGAGCUGGCGUCGACUACCUGACUGACUGGAUCAGGGAUAGGUACUUGGAUGUUCAGGUCACGCAGAUUGGCCGAAGCCUCUCAGGGUUCUUCAGAGGACUCCACCGAAAAGGAAACCAGACGGUGCGGGACUACAUGGCAGACUUUGAUCGGGCGCUUUCGCGCCUGACGGAAGUCGGUUGCUACCUCCCUGAUGUUGCGGCGGCAUGGGUCUUUGUGGACAGGAUGGGCCUGGAAGAACAGGCAGAGCUCAACCUGCUUGCGUCCGUCGGGAACCAGUACUCUCUUAAGCCUCUCCAACAAGCUGCCAUAGUUCAUGAUCGUGGUCUUCGCAAACCUUGGGAAGGUCAAGCUCGACCUCCUCGCAAGGACUGGAACGGCCGAAAGCCCUUUUCGGCGAAUGUGGCGGACUACGAGGACUACGACAUCUUCGAUGUGAACGAGGCCCAGGAGGACGAUCUCGAGGAUGACGAGCUGGUUCCGGAAGAGGUGGCGCAGGACUUGUACCAGGCGUUCAUGACGCAUGCCUCGGCAAAGCAGAAGUACAGGGAAAGCACAAAGUUGCGCGGAAGCGAUCCUGAAAGCCUAAAACAGCUGGCAAGUGAGAAGCUCAAGGCUGCGAAAGCCAAGUCUUUUUGUGCAGGCUGCAAGAGGCGUGGCCAUUGGCAUAAAGACGCCAUCUGUCCUUUAAAUAGAGGCAAUGGCGCGCCCAAUCCUUCGCCCUCGGUUUCAGCUACCAAUGGUUCUUCUACAGCGCCUUCUACCAAAGACCCGGUGAGAGCAAACUUUCCCUGCCAUGUGGUACACGUGACCUGGGAGAUCGAUGCCAACAAGCACCAGGACUUCCUCGCAAUCACCGACACUGCGUGCUCACGCUCCGUGGUUGGGGCCAGCUGGAUAGACUCCUACCUCGCAGAAGCCAAACGCCAAGGAGUGGAGUCACAGUUUGUGUCGUGCAAGGAAGCUUUUAGGUUUGGGGCGUCAAAGGUCUUUGUGGCUACGUAUGGGGUGGUCUUAGGCUUCGAGCUCGGGGGUUACAAGAUCGCUUUGAAGGUUGCGGUGGUCAAUGGAGAAGUUCCACUUUUGGUCUCAAGAGGCGCGCUAGGGAAGCUCGGCAUGAUCAUUGACGUGGAGAACAACACAGCCUCGUUCAGGAAGCUCGGAGUGAGAGACAUGGUCCUCUCUAUCACUGAGUCCGGUCAUCCGGCUUUCGUUGUGCAUCCCGCUGCUUUGCCCGACACCGGUGGCAUUAGCACCACUUGGGACGCUCAGGAGAUCCAGAUCUUCUCGCGCGAGGGAGCAUACAUUGGGGUCUGCAAGGGUCAGGGGUCCGAGGGAUUGCAUGGUGGUGAAGAUGAAGUGGAUCCCGUCUACAUGAGUGUGAGUCGAUGCUCGUCUGUCUGGAUGGUGAAUGCAAAUGACGAUCAUGGUCUACCUGUUGACGCAUCGCAUGGUCGCUCAGAAAACCACUCCCCGAGUUCCCAGACCUCCUACGACUACGUCUUUUACCCUAAGAAGAUUGGCAGCGCCACGAAGAACCUCCUCCUCGAUGAGACCUUCAACCCUGAAACCUUCAUGGCCACUCCGACCGACCUCCUCACGGCGCCGGUGAUCACGCGACCCAAGAACCUGUCCGAGUUCACGAAGGCAGAGCUCAUCACCGAGGCCACGGCGCGGAACCUGUGGUUCCAUCCCUCAUGGACUUCAACAGAGAUAAGAUCCCUCAUUCAGGAGGACCGGCGCAGGCCAUCAGGGAAUCACCCCGCAGAUGCCGGGAUGAGUCGUAUGACGGUGGACCAGCUCAAGGAGAAGGCCAUGGAGUUGGGCUACCACCUUCCUCCGUACGCCACGAAGGGCACGAUCAUGCGCAUUUUGCGCGACCAGAAGGGUAUGGGGUCCUCUUCAAUCCUCACCUUCGGACGGUUCAAGGGGAAGAUGUUCAGCGAGACCCCCGAGAACUACAGGACGUGGGCACUGAGAGAGGUGUCCAGCAACGAGAACCCGUCAGAGGACUUGGUGAUGUUCGCGAAUUGGUGGCAAGGAGAACUUCAUCGUUGGCGGGACUCGCCCCACCGAGCGGGCUCAACGGCAACCUCGAUAGACUACCUGGACCCCGAGGAGAACGCGACCAUCCCGUACGUGGAGGAUGCGAACUCAACCACGUCGUGGGACAUGGUGACCAGGGAAGCGUUGGCCUCCCCCUAUCCGGGGGCCAAAGCCAAGAGCCGGCCAGUCAGCUCGUCACAGCCGCCCGUGACGCCGUAUCGCCGACGCACCUUGGAGACGGAGAGCCCCACCGCGAUCCGAAUGGACCUGGAAGUGCCGAGGGAGGUGGGCGACGUACUUGGAGGAGAGAUUGGCGGUGCUCAAGGACAAGCAUGGGAUCCCGCCCGGGACCCGGUGAAAGCAGGACAAGGACCCGACAUCCAGGAGUACGACGAGGACUAUGACGAGAUCUACUUUGACUGUGAUGAAGACAAGGUCAAGUACCUCCAGGACCAUGCCGAGCACAACGGUGAGGCAGGUUCAAACUACCUUGUUCGACAACACGGCGAUGGCGAUGAGAGUGAGGGCAGCGAGCUCCCUGAGGAGGACGACGCCGAUGACCUCUUCGGGGACCUUUUCGGCAUUGACAUUGGCGAGGUCAUGGCCGCCGCGAACAUCGGCGGUAAUGACUACAUGAGCUCCAGAGGCUGCGGGGACACAGCCCAACGUAAGCCCCCUGGAAAGGAGAAUGCCAUGUGGGAAACUCAGUGCGCGAAGGCGCGACGCUGCGAGGAACUGUCAAAGACCAAGCUGCGGAACAAGGAGUUCGAGUACGCCGACCUUUUGGAGAUCGUGCAGAACAUCCCCCUCACCAAGAUCAAGGAUGGCAAGAACCUCCGACGAGGAGGUGGACAACGAUUCGAGUACUUCUUGGGCGGCAUGUACACCUACGGACCUUUCAAGGGUAUAUCGAGGGGAUCUCGCACGCUGUCGUGGACCACAAAGUUUGUGAAUGCGUUCCUCAGGAGUAAGCAUGAAGGAGCUUGGACCUCCUUCGUUAUCUUCCGCAACUCCGCCACCGAGGUGCAUGCAGACUCUCACAACUUGGUCGGCGCCAAAGUCUCUACGGUCACGUUCGGCGACUUCUCAGGAGGCCAACUGUGGAUCGAGGAUCCCAACGGAGGUCCCGAUCUCCCGGACUAUGUUGCCAGAGCCGACAAGACUGGGAAAGUCCGCUACGGAACCCUGGUGGACACCAGAGAACAGGUGUACUCUUUCGACGGCAAGGAUUCCCGGACUGCGACGCCCGAUUUCGAGAUGAACUUCGUGAGCUUCGCUUUCCUUUGCGAGGCCUUGCCCUGGGAGAAGGACGAGUUGGCGACACUUGGAAUUCGUUCAGGCGUGGACAAGACCUUUGAAGCCGCUAGCAUGGAGUACUAUGUGGCCGAGCCGUUCGCCUAUGAGCCCACCGAGGAGCCCGAUCUGGACACUACAAUGGUUCAGAAGACGAUUGAGGCCUUCGAUCCCGCGAUCAUAUGGGUGCACGGGAACCGGACGCGCGACUUCUUGGAGGACAUCGUGGACACCCUCUACAACCACAUCGACAAGGGUCGUCAGGUGGCUUUUGAGGCGCCGUCAAAUGAUCCUUGUUGGAACAACAGGGUCGUCAAGGAGCUCUUCGAGAGGUAUGAAGCCAGAUGUGUACGACGAGCUGCAGAACCCGACGUGGUCAGGAUCAACGAUGUCUAUCAUGAGGAAGUGAAGAAGGUCGACAAGAAGAAGGAUCCCCGCAAGGGGCAGCGGCUAUCUCAUUCGAGGCGUGCAAGCGACUUCGAUGCCAAGUAUGCCAGCGCAAUCGGCGAGGUGGUGGCCUUGGACGCUUUCUACGUGUACGACGUGAACAAGGAGAAAGUCGAGCUGAUGAUGGCGAUCGACAUCGGUACAGGCUUUGUCUCGGAGUUCUACAAGGACAUUCCACAGCGACCAUGGAGGACUAGGACUUGGAAAGAAAUUUGGGUGCGACUGGUGGACGAGAAGACCGCGACCUACAAAGAAGCGGGUAUGGUGAUCACAGCAGUGAACUCAGCGAUGAACACUCUGCGUCGGGAGAGCGGUUUCAGUCCCUCACAAGCCGUGUGGGGACGAGAUCCCAAGUUGCCAGAAGAUGUUCUACACAGCCCACAGGAUGAGCACGUCGAGCACAUCAUGAGUCAUGAUCGACAACGCGCCCGAGAACACAGCCUAAGGACUUCUGCGAAGGAAACGUACUCCAAGUGCCAGAACGAUAGCAGGCUGCGUCGCAGCUUGCUUCAGCGGUCGCGAGUAGCAGGCCCCGAGCUCGAGGUGGGUACUCAUGUGUAUUUCUAUCGGAAACCAAAGAACAACAAUAAUUGGCAAUGGAACGGCCCUGCGGUCAUUAUUGGCCGAGAAGGACCGAACUACUGGACUUCCUUCACCGGACGUUGCCAUCUGGUUGCUCCAGAACAUUUGCGCUUAGCCAGCGCAGAGGAGCUUGGAGCAGCUUUCGCGCUUCGUUCCACUCAAGAUGACUUGGAGCGACUUUUACAGCAGGACUUCGCGGAAGAAGACGUCUUCGGGAACGAGGACAUGCGUGCGGAAGCAGAUCCAGAACUACCACCUGGUGAUCAAGAGACGGGCGCCCGUGACACAGGGAGCCGACGGCGAGAGAAUCCUAGCGGGUCUGCUCAGGUGACGAAGCGCCACCGAGUCAAAGGACCGCCAUCCGACGCUGAAAUGCCAGCUGAACAAGAAGUGUUCAUGAUGAAGUUGCCGAAGACACCCAGAGGACGCGAAAAGGCCCUCGAGAAGGAGAUACCCUGGCGCCUGAUACCAGAAAGCCAGCACGAGUCUUUUCGUCAAGCGGAACAAAAGCAAUGGAAGGAACAUGUAGACCAUCAAGCACUACAACCUCUUUCAGUUGAAGAGAGUCGUAAGAUCAACCAGGAGCGCCCCGACCGCAUCUUGGGCAGCCGUUUCGCCUACAAAGACAAGUUCUGGUGUCAACGCAAAGCAGAUCCCACGGUAGGAUGGAAGCCGAAGGCCAGAUUGGUCAUCCAUGGGCAUCGUGACCCAGACCUUCUGAAAGGCCUGUCUACUCACGCCCCGACGAUUUCUCGCCAAGGCAUACACCUUCUGCUCCAAGUGUUGGCUAGCAACCUCAAGAAGGGAUGGCGAGGAUUUGCCGGGGAUGUGACAGCUGCUUUCCUUUGUGGCGAGCAGUUGGAGCGUGAACUAUAUUUACGACAACCAGCUACAGGACUAGGCGACCUCCACCCAGAGCAGUUACUACGGAUCCGGAAACCCAUCUUCGGCCUGGUGGAUUCCCCUUCGGCCUGGUGGACCAAAUUCCACAAGACUCUCCGCGAGAUCGACAUCCGGGAUGGCGACAAGAAAUGGAGGAUCGUUCAGAACUCCCUGGACCACUGCAUCUUCAUGGCGCAGGAGGUCUUGGGCCUAGACAAGGACGGCAAGGAGAUCCUCGGGCCUCCGGAAGCCUACCUCGGAGUCCACGUAGACGACGUCCUACUUGUCGGAGAAGGACGACUUUGCGAGAUCAUGAAGGAGAGGCUCAGCGCUGAGUUCCCCAUCCAAGACUGGGAGAUGGACCGCUUUGAGUACGUGGGAUCCUACAUCGAGAUCUUCGAGGACAAGGUGAAGAUCAGUCAAGGGAGCUACGCGGCUACACGGCUUUUUCAGGUGGACGUCGACAGGACGACGCCCGACCACUUCCCGGCCACGGAGAUCCAGAAGCACGACAAUAUGUCUUUGAUUGGAGCUUUGUCUUGGAUGGCGAGCCAGACUCGCCCAGACCUGCAAGUAGGAGUGUCGAUGAGCCAGCAAAGGCAGAAGGACCCCUGUGCGGGAGAUGUUCGCUUUACUAAUCAGUUGGCAAGGCGGGCUAUGGAACACCAAGACGAAGGUCUGACGUUCUACCCCGUGAACUUCGAGGACGCGGUCUUGCUGUGCUACCACGAUGCCGGGUGGGCGAACGCUCCCCAGUCGCAAGAUGAUCCCUACUACCAGCUCACUCCAGAGGAGGACGAACGUGGUCUCAUUAAAGACGGACCUUAUGCGAGAAAGGAUGCCAAAGCAAAGAAGACGAGCUCUACUAUAGCCUCCCAGUUGGGCGGCUUGUACGUGCUAGCAGACGCCACCGUCCUACGAGGUCAGCCCACCUGCGGAAGUAUUGUGGACUGGAAGAGUGGCGCCUGCGAAAGAGUUUGUCGCUCCACCUUUACGGCGGAGACCAUGGCGUGCUGCACUGCAGCGGAUACUGGAAUCUUUAUCGUCAAGUUCCUCGAGACGCUCCUCAAUGGAAGGCUUGCGAGGACUAAGACUCGCUUCCAGCUUCGCUUCAUCAGUGACUGCCGAAGUCUCUACGACCAUCUGACCAGAGAUGGAGUUCCGCGGGUGCCUACAUGCAAAAGACUCGCCAUCGAUCUGGCGGGAAUACGUGAAGAUCUCAAGGACAAUGGCAAGAUCGUAUGGGUCCCGACGUGGGCCCAGCUCGCAGAUAUCCUGACCAAGCCCCUUAAAGCUGAUGAAUGGUGGAAGACCCUCAAGGAGGGGUUGAAGCUGACCUUCAAAGAGGGAGGCUAA